GAUUCCAUAAAUAUAUAAAAAUAUAUAUAUUAUAAAUAUACGAAACGAGACGUUUACUUCGAUAUUACAUCGAUCUAUUUUCGUGUGUAUCGAAAUUCCUAACUUUUGAAAAUCCCUGAGUCUCGGAUUUAACGAUUUUAAGAUUGGCAAAUAUAUCAGCUAGAUAUGCUUUUUAAAGUUUCAAGGGUGGAUAUAUUCGAAUAUAUUAUUCGUGACGAUGGGCGGGGUCACGAUUCAUUUUAAAUUUAAAAUUAAUCGAGAAACGCGGAUGAUUCCGCGUAAACUUAAAUGGAUAAAUUCGUAUGAAAAUUGAUGGAGAAGUAAUAAUGUUAACGGAUCGAUCCUGUAAAGUGAUUGUCAUGGUUUUUACUUUAUAAAAGAAUACGAAAUUCGUUAUAUUUGCAAUUUUUAUCAAAAGAAUACAAAGGUAAUAUUCUCCCUUUACUUCCUACACUAUAUCUUGGCUUGGUUGAAACGUUUCAUAAAAUCCAUGUGGCAUGACUACGUCACAAUCUGAUUACAUUUUUGCAGAGCGUGCUUUUAUUACUCGCAAAGAAGGGAACUGUUAGGAAAGAAUGUUUAUCGUGAAAUAACAAAAAGUUCGAUGUACUCAUCGCUUUUAAAAACCCAUUUCUUUUUUCAUCAAAUUUUUAUCGUGACAUACGUUCGAAAUAUUUCUUUGUGGUCACUUUUCCGUAACGCGCCAAAAAUAAUUCGGAUCGAUUUUGAUUGACGAACGAUCGAUAAUGAGAUCGAUCUUCCUCGUUGAUUCUAAUCCUUUGAAUCGAAUUGCUAAUUGCUAAUUAUGAUAUGUAAAGUAUAAAAAAAAAAAAGAAAGAAAAAAAAGAUCGAAGGGAAAGGAUCGACGCAAGGAUAGUAGAGAAAGAAGACUGGUGGGGUUGAACCUCGUGGAUUGGCUGCGCGAUACACGAUUUGUUGCCGAGGGGAUGCGCCAGAGGGUAUGUCCCCAGGUAUAUAUACUCUUGCUCCUGAGGCACGAGCGCUCGAUUCGAUUUCAACUCUUGAAUAUUUCGAAAGGAUACGCACAGGAAUCUUUUCUCAUCACGACAGAUUGAUAUCUCGACUGGAAAAUUUCGAAAUUUAUUUUUUCCAACAAAUAUCCGAUGACUUUUAAAACGAUGCAACCGUAUUCCAAUACCAUCUACUUGUAUCUUGUCCUCUUUAUUUUUGGAAUUAUGAUUGUUCAUGGUGAACCGGAACCGAUGGCCAGACCAACACGGCCAGAAAUAUUUACAAGUCCGGAAGAAUUAAGAAGAUACAUCGAUCAUGUCAGUGAUUAUUAUUUACUUAGUGGAAAGGCAAGAUAUGGAAAAAGAGGAAAUGUUCUAUACUCUGUACCAGAUGUUAAUUAUCCUUGGGAUACGAUGAAAACAGUGAUGGAGAAUUCUCAACGAUCGCAGCAAUUAAAGUUGGAGAAAGAGAAACAAAAAGAUAGUCAACUUUUGGGUGAGCACGAAACCUAUGGCGCUAAAAAGGAAACAUCACGAAUCGAUACUCGACCCUGUCACGUGUUAGACUCAAUUGAAAGAUACUAUGAUGAUGUGCAAUAAAAUAAUUUGCAUAUCUUGCCUUGUCUAUAACAUAUGCAUCUCGUUGUUGUUUGAUUCUUCGUCACAUGUUCCAUUUUAAUUGCUUAUCAAUUUUAAUACUUUUCUUUGUAAAAAAGUUUACUUGAAUUUUCAAUUGAAAAUAAAGAGUGCCUCUUCGAAUUGAAACAAGAAUAAAAAAUGACAGCUAGUCAGUUAAGCUUUUCGUUAAAAUUUAUACAAACAACAAGAGAUUUUAAAUUUAAAUAAAUAAUAUUUCACUUGAUACAA